AUGGAGCCGUCCCAGGACCCCGCUGCCGCCAUAAGAUUCCGGCCUUCCAAGAAGCGCCAGGCCUACCGCCAGCGCCCCGACGACCUCGCAAACCCCCAUCCCCCCCAACAGCAGUCAAGCCAAGAUGAGCAAGAAGAGGAAGCACAAUCCGCCGUCACAGCCGCAAUGCGCGUCCGCAACGCCCGCAGAGCCCGUCUCCGCGGCGUAGGAUUCGCCUCCGACGACCACGAUCCCGACCACGACCUGCGCCCCCAAACAGACCACGACCUCGCUGCCCCGGCAAAAGGAAUCCCAGACCGCUUCAUCCAUCAAACAGGUCUCAUCGCCACACUCAACGACAAACACAUGAACGAAUACAUAGAAUCCCGCCUCUCCUCCGCCCGCGCCCCAGGGCCCUCACAACCCGCCCCCCAAACAGACGCAUCGCCAGAGCCGCUCGCCGGCGCAGACCCCCAACGCUCCCACCACCACCAGCCCACCCGGCAGGGUAAACUCUUCGAGGUAGAGGUGCCGGCCGACACGCGCCGCGACGCCCAGAAGCAGAAGCGCCCGGCCUCGACGGAUCCCCCGCGGCCCAAGCGCGGGCGCAACCGCCGCGGAAGCGACGACAUGAAGCGCGACCAGCUCGUCGACGCGUUUCUGCACGAGAAUAAACUCGAUGUGUACGACGUCCCCGUGCAGAAUAGCCACGUCGACGGCGAGAGAGACGGCCGCUCCGCCGACGACCGCAUGGCAGACGAGUUCCGCCGACGGUACAUGGAUGAAGUUGCGGCACGGCGGCUCAGGAGACGCCCGCCGCCGACGAAGCAGCAGAAGCAGCAGCGGCAGCUGCAGCAAGCCAAUGUGCUCAAGGGCCCAAAGUUGGGUGGUAGUCGGAACGUGAGAGCCGCUGCGAGGAAUAUACUGCUCAAGGAGAAGCAGGAGAAGGAGAGGGAGAAGGCUGGGAGGUGGCCGUGA